CGCAGGCCGGGCGCCCAGUGCACGGCCAUCGCCUCCUUGCCUCUCCAAACUCCCAGCCAAGGCGCGCGGUGGCGUCCUCGCGCCCUCGCUCGCGCCCCCGCCCGUCGCCCGCGCGAGCCAGGCAUGAAUGUUGAGACUUGCGUCUCUUACUGCGAGUCGCCGGCCACUGCCAUGGACGCCUACUACAGCCCGGUGUCACAGAGCCGAGAGGGCUCGUCGCCUUUUAGGGCAUUCCCUGGCGGCGACAAGUUCGGCACAACUUUCCUGUCGGCCGCGGCCAAAGGACAGGGAUUCGGGGACGCCAAAAGCCGGGCCCGGUACGUGGCAGGGCAGCAGGACCUGGCUGCACCCCUGGAGAGUGGCGCCGGGGCCCGGGGCUCCUUUAACAAAUUCCAGCCGCAGCCGCCAGCCCCGCAGCCCCAGCCACCGCCGCAGCCCCAGCAGCCGCAGCCGCAGCCGCCCCAGCCCCCCGCACAGCAACCGCAUCUUUACUUGCAGCGAGGUGCCUGCAAGACACCCCCGGACGGCAGCCUCAAACUCCAGGAAGGCAGCAGCAGCCACAACGCGGCCUUGCAGGUUCCCUGCUACGCCAAAGAGAGCUCCCUGGGUGAGCCAGAGUUACCACCCGACUCUGACACCGUGGGGAUGGACAGCAGCUACCUCAGUGUCAAAGAGGCUGGGGUGAAGGGGCCCCAGGACCGGGCCAGCUCCGACCUCCCCAGCCCACUGGAGAAGGCCGACGCCGAGAGCAACAAGGGCAAGAAGCGGCGGAACCGCACCACCUUCACCAGCUACCAGCUGGAGGAGCUGGAGAAGGUCUUCCAGAAGACCCACUACCCGGACGUGUAUGCGCGGGAGCAGCUGGCCAUGAGGACAGACCUCACCGAGGCCCGUGUGCAGGUCUGGUUCCAGAACAGGAGGGCUAAGUGGAGGAAGAGGGAGCGUUUUGGGCAGAUGCAACAGGUGCGGACCCACUUCUCCACGGCCUAUGAGCUACCCCUCCUUGCCCGAGCUGAGAACUACGCCCAGAUUCAGAACCCAUCCUGGAUUGGCAACAACGGGGCUGCCUCACCAGUGCCUGCCUGUGUUGUGCCCUGUGACCCAGUGCCUGCCUGCAUGUCCCCUCACGCCCAUCCCCCAGGCUCGGGAGCCAGCACCGACUUCCUGAGUGUCUCUGGGGCUGGCGGUCACGUGGGCCAGACACACAUGGGCAGCCUGUUUGGAGCAGCCGGCCUUAGCCCAGGUCUCAAUGGCUACGAGCUCAAUGGCGAGCCGGACCGCAAGACCUCGAGCAUCGCGGCCCUCCGCAUGAAGGCCAAGGAGCACAGUGCAGCCAUCUCUUGGGCCACAUGACAGGGCUCCUCCUGCCCCGUCCCUGUACCCUCCCCACUGGGGCCCUGGCCAUGCCCGUGCUCUCCAGGCCUCCAGCCCCACUCGACUUUCCUCUUGGGAACCUGGCCCAGG